GCGCUACCGGAUACGCUAGUCCUACUUUGAAGCUCAAGCUCCGACAUGCCGACGACUCUCUUGAAUCUAUUGUCAACAAGACAUGAGCUUGAACAUUUCGAGAAUUUGACAGAUAACCGAAUGUCUGCGGAUGGCACCCAUACAUCGAUACAGACGAGGCGACUGCGAAGAAUAAGCCAUGUCCCGGAAUCGGUACGGGGGCUUCACCGAGGACCCCUAUGCGAAUGGGAAUGGCAAUGGAGGGGGCUAUGGGCAACCGAUCAGAGAAGCGGACGACUAUGAUCCUUAUGGAACUGGAUAUGAUGACCGAUAUGGAACUCCUCCGAUAACGACCCCUUCUCCUCCAGCAGCAAGGAGUGCAUUCGCGCGUCCUCCAAGGCUUGCGCCAGAGAGCAAUGCGGAAAGACAAAUAGGCGUAGUCCUGGAACACAUAAAGACAGAAUGGCCGGCCAUGUGUGAGAACGAAUGCGUGCCUGUCCAUGUUGCCCUUCAGCUGUUAGAUACAAGUUCUGUCGGGCGAGCACACGAGUACCGGCAAUUUGAGAAGACGCACCGUUAUCUUCAGGACUCUCUGAAAGCCAUUGUUCACGAGCACCAUCAGGGCUUCAACAGUUCAAUUGGCACAUUUCACAAGAUCCAGGCUAGCAUUCAGACCUCGCAGAAGAGGGUCAGAACUUUGAAAGAAUCCUUGACCCAGUCAAAAGCAAGUCUCUCCACUACAGAUCCAGAAUUAAAAAAGCUGGCCACAGCAUCCCAAAAAUACGACGAUUUAAUACACACACUCUCUGAAAUUGAAGAUCUGCGACUGGUACCAGAUCAGCUGGAGGCACGAAUAUCAGAAAAGAGAUUUUUGACUGCGGUGGAAAUACUCCAGACUGCCCUGCGGCGUAUUAGAACCCCCGCACUGGACGACAUCGGGGCUUUGAGUGAUCUGAGAAGUUACUUGACGAAUCAAGAAAAUGCCUUGACGGACAUCCUUGUGGAGGAGCUUCAUGAUCAUUUGUACCUCAAAUCACCGUAUUGCCAGGAGCGAUGGCAGAGUCUGGCAAAAGGUCAGGGAGCACCAGGCAAGAAGGAACCCGAAAAGGCUACUGCUGUACGGCCGUUCUACGAAGUACUCGACGCGAUGGACUUGACGGAUCCGCUUGUGGAGGAUCCUUCGAGGAAUCCGGAGGCAGACACAUUCUAUUACAUUGAGCUGUUAGUCGAGUCUCUGAAUAAGCUUGGGCGCCUCGAAUCUGCUGUGAAUACCAUCAAGCAGCGGCUCCCAGUCGAGCUCUUUGGAAUCGUCAAUGAGACAAAUAGUGAGGUUGAUCAAAAGCACCCGAGCUCCUUGCGGGGUGGUUUGUCUAAUGCUCAAGGCAACCAAGCAUUUGGAAGCCGUGAAAACAGCAUCCGAUCUGAUGUCAUCUACGAUUUGCUUUGGACCCUGUACGCCAAAUUCGAGUCAAUUGCAGAAAGUCACAGAGUGUUUCACGAUGUCGUGAAGUCUGUCGUGAAGCGAGAAGGAGGACGAAAUUCGUCGAUGCUUUUAGGAGGCUUUAGAGAACUCUGGAAUCUGUACCAGAAUGAAAUACGGUCUUUGCUGCACAACUAUGUCACAACCGACGCAGAUGUAUACCAGUUUGAUUCCUCACCGAAAAUAGGUGGCAAAAAACAAGACUCAAAGCGAGAGCACUUAUUUUCAUUCUCUGAUGCAGACUCAAAGUCCGUGCAGAUGACAACAGAGUACCAGGAACUCGAAGGCAUCAUAAGGGCAGCCGUACCAGGCCUCAUGUCAAGUCGAAAGCAAGGCGUAGAUGGGAAGAAGGGCCAGGGUCGGAUUGAGAGUACGAUAGGCCCCGCCGGAUCACGUCGUGGAGCAAGCACAUCCAUUUAUGACAAGACUGGAGGGAUUGGUGUCCACAAGUCACUGGUAGAGCCGAGUGUGUUCAAUAUGAGCUUAUUGUUACCACCCACGCUUGGUUUCUUGCAGAGACUAAAGAACAUCGUUCCACCCGGGUCUGACCUGGUCACAAGCACGUUGACAUCAUUUUUGGAUAAUUUCCUCGUCAACGUAUUUCUUCCCCAAUUGGAUGAAACCUUAGGGAAGCUCAGCGAUACGGUCUUCGAAGAGACAGACUCUUUCCAGCAAGAUCCUCAAUGGACAAAGAUCGCCCGGCGACCAGUAUUCAAGGGAACGUCUGCGUUCUUUGCCUUGAUCACUGCAUUUUGUCGGAUGUUGGAUACAAUUCCUCAUGAUCAGGCGUUAAGUUCGCUUAUCAUCACCCAGAUGAUGCGUUAUUAUGAUCGAUGCUACGACUGGUUCAAGUCGUUAGUGUCUCGAGUCCGGGACACAGACGGCACAACCCUGAAGCUACCUGCCCUGCUGGCAAGCGAGCCAGAUGAUAUUCAUGAAACCAUGCAAAAGCUGUGGACAGCAGAGGAGGAGGAUCGAGAACUGCUUGAAAAAGAGACAGGUUUGCUCAUCAUCAAGACCAACGAAACGCCGUUGAAGUUGGACGAUAUAAUUCUGGAUCGUGAGACCAUCUCAUCGCUAUGUGUCCUUUACACGAGCAUGAAGUGGAUUGCUAUCAAGAUAGAUCAGCUGCGUCACAUCACUCGCAAUGAUGCUGACUCUUCCCGGACGACAAUGCAGAAGCCGACAAAUAGACGAUGGACUUUACUCAAUGAUGUCACAAAGGUACAAGAUGACCAAAUUCCAGUCUACUUGCCGAUGACUCAGGAGACAGUCGUGUAAGUACUCUCAAUCCUCGAACACUGCAUGUCACUCACCCAAUCACAGUGCUUUUGACUCCAUUGUCUCAUCCUACCAAGAGCUCGCUGCCACAGUCCUUCUCACACUCCAUAUGGAUAUCAGAUGCCAGAUCAUCCAUUCCCUAGCCAUUGCCCUGUCUCCGGAGUCAGCACCAUACCUCCUCGAGCAAGUGGUCAAUGAUCCGGACCCUAGAAUACUGAGUCUCAAUGCCGAUCUCGUCUCCUACGACGAAACAGUCACGACCUUCCUCCGCGAGAAAGAGAUCUCCUUCAUCCGCACCGGUCUCGGCCUCCUCGUCGAUACCUUCCUCGUCAGCAACGCCGGCAUGGUGAAAGCGAUGAAUGCACACGGCUGCGGCAGAAUGCAACUCAACAUCCUCGUUUUACAACAAAACCUCAAGAAUAUCGAAGCGAACGUCAAUCUUGACCGGGCGGGCAAGUUCUUCGACUUGUUCACAGCCGGUCCUGAUGCGAUUGUUAAGCAUGCGAAGGAGGAGAAAGAGAGUGGCAGUGGGGCGAAGGAGUUGUUUAGUUUCGAGGAGUUGAAGAUGCUGGUCGAGUUGUGCUACAGUGAGCAGCUUGCUAGUCCGGAGAGAGGGAUAAGUACGGUUGCGAAGAGAGGAAUGGGCGAGCACUCAUUACAGUUGAGUGAGUAUAUGUGGGAGAGUUAGGGUUUGGCAGAAUUGCUUAGAUAAACAAUGCUGGGAAGGAGUUGGGAUUCGAAACUUCUUUAUAUGUAAGAUAGCGGGACUUUGAAGGUUCUGAAUAUGAAUGACUACUUAUGAGGCUCUGUCGACUUUCUCUAUACAAAACAGAUGACCUGUCACACAAAAUGAAAAGAGACUUUCACAAGUAGUGAGCACCUCGUCGCCCCGAUCUUAAAUUCAAAUCCAAACAACGCAAGCUUUACAGCACUCGCUUCCCCUCCAACAAUUUCCAAAUUCCUCCUCAUCACUCCUCGCCUCAUACGGCACAGUCACAGGGCAUAGCAUGUAUAUUUAGAACCGCUCUCUCUUAUUGGUACCCUCCACCUCCGCAGAAUCCCAUCCCCACCCUCAUCAACAAUACCAUGACACAAUCAACAUAUCCAUCCCAUCCUUACGCCACACACCACACCACACGGUAUGGCGUUCAAUCGUCCGUACGAAGGUAGAUCUUCACUGUGGCAAAUUCAAACAUUCAAACCGGAAGUGUGGCUCAGCAUUCCAACACUGGAUACGGAUGUAGGGUUGUCAUUUGUGUGCUCUGUACUCGUAUGACCCCUUCCAAUCCGGCCUUGGAAUGCGGGGGUAGCGAAUCAAACGUCGUGUUGUUUUCUGAAAGGGUGUGGGUGUGUGCUGCGCCUGAGGGAUCUACAGAGAUACGGGAUUUAUACAGUAUGAAUGGAUGGGGGAAUUGAUAUGCUUAAAACUGGGCAAGAAUAGGAUUUAGACUUAUAUUUAGAUUUGGAUUCCGAUUUACGUCGUGUGGGUGGAAGGAGUACAGUACUGCUGUUGGGUAUGAAGAUGCAGAUGCAGAUGCAGAUGCAGAUGCAGAUGCGAUGUUACGCUACAGGGGCGAGCGACUCUCGAGCGACUGUUGUUUCCUCCUGAAGGUGCUGGAGGUGCUUGUUGCCACUCGGCAGAGAGCGCAAGCGAGGGGAGGAUAUCUCAGGGGCUGACAUGACAGAAUAGAAAAACAAGCCCCAGCUGCAAAAUGACGCCAAGAGGCUGGCUGUUGGGAUGCGAGUAACUAGCCUUCGCUCCGUCUGGGUGGCAGGUUGCAAAACGGGCGGCGCCAGUAACGAUAGUCAGCUCGUCACCAGCCACUUCGCUUUCGCGUUCGUUGUAUUUGUGGAUGUGGUGUGGUGGGUGAACGGCGAAUUGAAUAUUAAUGCCCUGUACAGUUUGGCUGGGCUGGGCUGGGCUGGGGUGUCAAAGAUGGUGGCUUGUUUGGCCACUGUGGUGUGG